UUGACGGUGCCGGUCGCCUCAGUAUGCCGCGCAGCGCGCAGGCUCGCGUACGCGUAUUGUUUCUCUCUGUUCUCGUCUCCCUCGCUCUCCCUUUCUUUCCUUACUUUCCCUCUCUCUCCCUCUUGUUGUCUCGUAUGCACGCAGCGCGGCUAGAAUACGCAAGUACAAAACAUCUCGCGGGUCACUGUUUUCGCGUUUACGUGUCGUCGUUCCGUUAAGGUUUUUUUUCUGCUCCGUUGGUCACGCGCGCCAGGACAACCCAACGAAAUUCAGGUUCUUCGUAUACAUAUCGUAACACGUUAGACGUGUACAACACGACGAAAUUUCUUCGAGAACCAGUUAUCGACGAGUGUGCGUGCAUAUACGAGGCCAGUAUACGUCGUGACACAGUGACACGGUGCGUAAGGUUCGUAGUGAAGGAGAGUGUGGCUCGCGGCGAAAAGCAUCGCGAAAGAGCGGGAAACUCCGAUAUACUCGACGGAUUUUCAAAUCGUUUGACACAUCGGAGAUAGAGACGAAGCAUGGUUGGACACUGGAGAAGACUCGACGCGAAUAAGAUGGUCUGGCAAGACGUAGCGAAUGCUGGAACGGUUACGAAACGCGGUAGAAGGAGACGUGGCACGAAAUGAAACGAGUUUAUCCUCGUACGAUCGAUAACUAUAGCACCACGGUGAAUAUCAAGCGGUUCGUAUAUCCAGCGUGCACGAACCUAACCUAGCGAACUACCUGUUCUUUCGAGCCUUAUACCUUCGUAAACACGGUCGAAGAAAUUGUCUAAUAAUUUCUGGCUCGUCAGAAAGGUGUUGACGUGAAGUUAACGCUUCACACACCAAGACACAGCGUAGAAGUAUCCGGAAUGUCAGAAUGAAAAGCUUCGAGUUAUUCAGGAAGUAAUUUUCCUCGCGCGCCAUCUUGAUCCGUCGAUAAAUAGCGAUGACAGGUGGUGGACGCGAUUGUUGAUCGACGACCGCGCGCGAUUCGAUCGCUCAUGAUCGAACGCUCGAUACAUCUCUUGGUGCGUGCGCGCGUGCAACGGUCGCGAGUAAUCCCCGGAAGAUUUCUUCCACGAGGGACGCCUACUUACGAGAAGACAGAAAAUUACGAGAGGCGAGUGAAACAGCGAAGAGAAGAGAGAAUCCGAGGCGCUUUUAUUUUUAGCCAACGCCGGUUCGCGCAUCGCAAAAACCGGUUUCCAAGUCUCUGCUCGAGCUCGAGCCACGAGGUAGUAAGGUGCGUAUAUACGCGAGAAGGGUUUUAGCUGAAAAGGGAGAAAGCGAGAGGGAGAGACACGCGAUAUAAAGGCGGAGUAUGCUUCUUUCUCUGUCGGCGGGUAAAGAAAGAAAGAGUGACACGGAACGUGGAAUUCUCCUAAGCCGAUACAUACCUCUCCCUACUCCUCUUCUUUAUUCUCCCACCUCGAACUAUCGAUUGCGUGUAUGCACGCCUGCACGCGCCUAUCCAUACUCGACGUGUUACGUGACAUCGUAUCGGGAGUGUAUGAUAUUCGAUUAUCGAGUAAGUCGACGACGAGAUGUUCAUCACCGAUGUAAUUAGCCAUCAUAUACCUCGGUAUAUGUACACGUCACGGGACAUCGAUAAAUCGUUACAGUUUCUCGAAUCGAUUUUACUAAACGAGCGUAACAAGUCGGUGUGCAUAAAGAAGAGAAUGUGAAUCGAACGAACGGAAGAGUUAAAAAAUAACGAAAGUAAGAAGAAAAGUAAAAGAAGGAAGUGUUUGUAUUGGAUUGUUGCGUGGCAUACGAGAUCGGCGAAGACACGAAAACGGCAUGAAGAAUGGCAACCGAUUCGAACAGCCGUCAAGGUGUAAGGGCGGUCGCCACAACGACAACCGAUCCGCAACGAAGCGAAAAGCGCGCCGUCGCGGGCGCCGCCGGUGCUCUGGCCCUCAGUAUUCUGGCCUUGGUCCUCCAAUCGGCGACCACCGCGACCCCCACAUGGGGAUACUUCACCAAUCCUGACGCCGGAUCGGCAGCCGAGAAAGGAUACUUUGGUCCUUGGAGGCAAUGCAAGCUUCUACUGUACGGUAGAGAAAGAUGCGGCCAAGGGGUUUCCAGAUUCCAGCCAGUGUUGGCUGUGUGGGUGGCAGGAUUAGCCGCUGCGGCCGCCUCUGCUCUUUUGGCGAUCCUGGUCGGUCUUGCCGUGCUACAACUGGCGAUGGCUUCCUCGGCGAAACGAGUUAUUAUUUCGUACAGCACUGCUCUGAUAGGGAAAGUGGCUCUUGCCACAUUGGCCACUUCUUUGGCAAUCGUAGCAGCGAGUCUGUUUGCCCUACAAACCGAUGACAGAGCUAGCAGCUUCGUUAUCACGAGGGGAGAAGCGUUUUAUAUGCAGUUGGCUGCUAUCGCUUUGAACUUUGGCGUGCUGGUCACCGCAGUAUACGAAGGUAUUUAUGCUCGACGAGGCGGUGAUCCGACGAAGAUUAGGGUUGUCGGUGAUCCUCGUGCAGCUACCAUAAAUAAUCCUGGCUACCGGGAACAUCAACCCACGAAUGGCGGCAGCAUCUCGAUGACCGACGCUAGUGGCAAGCCCUAUGUAGGCGGAGCCGGAAACGGUUCGAUGGCGUCGGUAGCAACUUCCGGAAGCGUGACAAGCACGGCUUCGCCGCUUCGAAGCUCGUUGAAGAAGCCAAAGCCGCUCGGUAUCCACAAUCCCGGUUUUUCGGCGCACAGUCCGACUCUAUCGAGGAACGGCUCGCAGAAAAAAGUGCGAAUUCAGACGCACUCUACCGAGGUUUAAACAACUUCCGCGAAGACGAAAGCGUCGAUGAUGUUUGUUCUGGCGCGGGUCUACUCGCAGGUCUACUCGCAGCCGAUUUCGUCGAACAAGCAUUCCGAUACGAAACGAAAGUUCAACGACGAGCGUAGCAAGGCAACGAAGCUCGACCAAUUUCUUUAUCGCGAAAGCGGAGAAACAGUCCGCCGAUUCUUUCUGGUAUUAACUUUAUUUAGGCACUCGUAAAAGACGUCGCGAUACUUAUCGUUGAAGUUUCUUCGUUACUUUAUCGGGUCUUUCAGAACUUUCCUACGCGCGAGAAUAAUAUCGUAACCCUCUGUAGCGAAAAUGUUGAUUCGUUUAUGGAAAAGCAAAUGAUUGGGACAAUUUUUCAAACCGUAUUUCAAUGGAAACAGAGAGUAAUCGUUCGACGAUCGUAGAUGUUUCUUCAAAUUUAUAUCCUUUUCAAGGCAACCGAGAAAGCAACUCUACCAUAAUUAUCUUGCACAGUGGUGUUAUGUUCCGUUUGUUCUGUACAUUUCAAUUUCGCGUGGAUGAAUAACAAGAAUUUAUUAGAAAUUAUACAGCGACGAAAUGUAAAUUAAUAUGUACGUAUGUAAUUUUCAACCGUGACGAUAUAGAGGGUCGAUAGAUUUUUCUCUUUACAUAAACAAGGACAAAUACGAAGCACGAGGUACCUUCGAAAUUGCUCGGUCGGUUGGUUUCGUUACUCUCCUACUUCCGACGAUGUGACGCUCUAUCGAGGUGAAUCGAAAAGACUUUCUCGCGAUCUUGGACUAUAAAGUUGCCACUGAAAGACCCAGAUAGCGUUAUCGCGUGAUCGAAGGACUACCGCGAGGACGUAGGAAAUAAACCCUGUUGAAAGUGAUCGAGGGAAUCGCAGAGGGAAAUUGCUUCGACUACGAUCUCUGAUGGCGUUGCUGCGUCUUCGAGAAAGUUGUAACCUUCGGCUCGAGGCGCCAAGCGUCCGACGUCGACCGAUAUUUAUGGUAGACGCGACAAUACCGAUUCAAAGGUGGAGCUUAUGAUCCACCCCCGCAACGAUUUCGUCGUCGAUUUACUCGAUAAGAAACUUUCAACGAUUCCGUAAGAGUUUCAGUUCUCGUUCGUUUUCUUCUUUCUUCGAGUCGCGCUCGUUAAGACGCGAAAGUCGUAAUUUAUCGAAGAGUAUUUUACUUCUUUUUUUGUAUUUUAUUUCGUUCGAAACUGAUAUUAAAUCGAAAGAUGUAAGGCGUUUAAAGAUGGAUCCACGUUUCGAGAAGGAGGAUGUCGAUGGAUUCAGUGCGUUCGAUCAGGCGAGGAUCGAGAAAACCAGCCAGUCGUGUUCGCUGAGAUUACGAUUUAAGUUCCCAGCGGUUCCAACCGCGAACAAGCAGAAAUUAACCCUUUGCGGUCUGGUUGCUUCGUGCAGUAAGCUUACUCGUGGUCCGGCCACGUUUCAGAAUCGUAUCGAUUACUUGCACGAGCAAAUUUUUCCCAAAGUACUGCGCGAAGUGGAUGUUGGAUGAAAAUAUCGUUCUUACAUCCUUCUCCGUUUUGAAAAUAUUUCAAACGUUUCAAAAAUUCUCAAGUAUCUACUUCUUCGUUAAAAUAGACAGGACAGUAAGAAUGGUAAAAUUUCAGUUAUCUCGGAUAUUUCAAAAUGCCAGAUAGGACGUUUUAAUCGAAAGGAUUAGUUCGAUUAAAACCACCGAUUUUUUUCGUUGAUUUAAUCAAAUAGAAAUUAUUUAAAUCUUUGUGUAACAUCGAUUCAAAAAUUUCUACUCGGCACCGUUUACAAAAGAUACGACGAGAGUUUAGUGUAAACUUUCAGCUGUCCGAUAAAUAUUCCGGGAUCGCGAUAUCAUCCCACAUCGUGUCCAGUACACACGUUUUGGCCGCCAAUGGUUAAUAGAAUUUGAUCGAAUCGAUCGAUAAACCGUAUCAAACAUGCGCAUUUAACGUUCUACUAGCAACUUGUAAUUGUUUAAUCGAGAUUGGCGCAUCGCUAAAUGACAAGCACAACGUCGAAGCGGCGAAUACGUGCGGCGGUAUUUGGCGAAGAGAUUUAAUUAUGCAUUUACAGAUAGAACUUAAUUAAAUCUAGUAACGAGUCAUUCGUACGAAACGAAUCGUCGA